AUGACCGUGAGAGGUAUCCAGGAAAGUUCCCACAAUCCUGGGGUGCAACACAUCUUCCGAGUCUCUUCUCCUGCAUCCUUCUGCCAGAACAUGGCUUCCCUGGCGGGUUCGAGGUCUCCUCAGCCGCAGUUUGUUCCCGCAGCGACCUUGCCGAGCAAUGUAGCGCCGAGGAUUCACCGUGCUGAUGCCGUGACUACCCCUUCUCUUUUGUGGUGGAUUCGAGGGCGCAGUACGACUGGGGUACAGCAUUUUCAUUCUCACCUGAAGACAGUAUCCACCCUCCAUGGCCGUGGAGCCAACACUCAGCAACCGCUCGGCUUCAAGAUUCGCUUCAAUCACGGGCAGUGCCUUCUUCAAAAUGCCCCAGAGUGCAGCUCUUCCACAUUGCGCAUGUCAGUUCCAAAUGUGUGGUCACAGGGGAUGUUAAACGUCACCACUGCUUCUCGCGCGCAUCGAGCGCUCUACAAAUGCAACAAUGGCGCGCGGCAUUUGGGCAACCACAACAUAGCGGCUGAGCUGAUAGGGCUUGCGGAUCGGCGGAUCGGCGGCAGUUCGGACUCUCGAAAUACGGAACGUCCUCCACAUGCUUUUGUUUUUCCUCAUGCUACAGUCUUCGAAAUAUUCCGUGCCACCGAUGAGGUCUGGUUCGCUCUGAAACAGCAGCAGCAGCAAUGUGACAAUAUCACUACCUUUGUUGCGCUACCUGAGCCACACUUACAAGAGGUUCCUUACCCAUUGAACGAGCAGGGACGGCCCUUGACUGUUGAAUACUUGCCUCUCCAUUUUCAAACACGCCAACUCGAUGUAUUUUGCUUCCAUGGCGAUGUCGCUCGCAUUUUCAAAAUUCCAGGGCGGGGUACCUAUAGCGGUCAAUAUGUCGCUUGUUGCGGUCAUACCACAGAGGUUCAAUUCAAUCGGAUCGCUCAUAACUGGAAUGACAAUCUCAUCACAGAGAAGUAUUCUCUCCGAUCUUCCAGCCCAUCUCCUGUACUGGAUGUGUCGGGGCCCCAGGAGAGCAUCCGAGAACACCCAUUUGACACAUAUCGGAUGCACCUUGCUAUGCAACCACCUGUUGAUGAUGUUGAUGGAAUAAUCAAGACCUACGCUCCCUCUCCCUUUGACUAUUGGAUUGCGAAUGCCCUGAAUCCUGAAACUUUCCCGCAAUUUCCGUCAACCUCAAGCCAUGUCAAGCACCGAAAUGACUCCCUUCCCGCAGGUACGCGCUACCACUUACUCAACGUACGGAUGGGUCGACCCAGGAAACGAAAACAUGGUGAAUGGAUCCACGUCCCAGAUUCCGACGGUGAAACUUCGCCACCUCCCUCAAGCGAUUUCAUUCCAGUAACAUAUUUUCAUGGAUUGGCGACUGGACCAGUUGUGUCGUCUUCCCAAACCUUACACAUCCCAUCAUCACCCUCUCAAAUUGACGAUAUAUUGGAUGUCGAAUCGUUUAUGCCAAGUCAGGAAGAUCAGGAUGACGAGCCAAUUCAGAGUCUGUCAUCCCUCUUAGAUGCUUUUGCUGAAAUGCUUGCCAUUGAUCCAGAUUACUUCGAUCAUCUCAAUGAAGUUUCUGUGCUUCCAAGACCCAAAAAGCCUUCGGACAACGCAUUGAAAGUAUGGAUGCAAGACCGUGAUCGCUUUGUAUCGGAGGAUAUAUGUUGGGAGGGGAGAGGUGCCUAUACCUCUGGAUCUUGUGCACACUGCGAGGCUGAAUGGACUGGAGCGUAUUUCACGGAAUGCUCCCUCAAGAAACUCGGCCUCAGAAUUCAGCUGGGACAUAAGGCUGGCGAAUGCUGUUCACAUCCUGAGCCAGCAUUUGGCGAUGACUUCACUGUUACAGAAGUCAAUGGAAUCCACAGUAUUGGGAUCGACUUUUGCAAUUGCGAGACCGCACAACCACAUUUUAUCCAGCUUCUUCGCUAUCGCUGGUUUCCUUCCACAGUGACGAAGCCCAUGUCAGCGGCGACGUUUCGGGUUCUCAAACACUUUCAGCUUCUUUCCUUCGAGUCGAAAGCUUCCGCAUUUGAGUAUUACAGUGCGUUAGCAUGCCAUACAAACAAUACCGGCGCUCCCUCAAAGGAUCGGUAUCGUCAAUUUUUGCGCAUGGUUCGAGAAUAUCGAAAUAUCAAGAUGUUGAAGAGAUUUGGGCGUGGUCACGAUCCCACGGGGACUGAAGGAACCGGCAAUGGGCAGUGUGCAGUUCUCUGUCCAGCGUGUCCUCAGCCAGGUUGGAAUCUUCCGGCUAAUUGGAAGGAAUCUAUGCCCAGCCAACGAUUUCUCUACUGUCUCUUUCUUGCGAUUGAUGCGAACUUCCGUCUGAAGAGGAAACACGUAUCGAGCGAUGAGGCUGACCCCAGUUUGAUGGAUGGUAGUGCAUACUUCGUAAAGGAGACAGAGUACAAGUCAUAUCUCUCCAAAUAUAGUGAUCUUAUUGAACAACCCCCAAGCACAUGUUCAAACCACGAUGCGGUCAACAAGGAGCGAUCGGGGAAAGGGCUUGCUACAACCGGUGCUGGGACUGUUGAUUGCGCGCGACAUGAUAUCAAACGUCCGUCAUCUGUAGGAGAUCUUCAAAAGGGGGAGCGCGUAAAAGACACAGACCUGGUUGAGGUAGUCGUCUCAUACGACAUUGCAUGUCAAUGGAGCUCUGACAUAUGGGGUCGAAUGAUGAAGUACCCCCAUACGAUGCAUGUUGAUCAUGAUGACCAUACAAGAUUUCGAUUCCUUAUUCCGAAAUUCCAUUUACCCGCCCAUAUUAAGGCUUGCCAGGAGAAGUUCUCCUUCAACUUCAACCGUCAUGUAGGAAGAACUGAUGGGGAAGCGCCAGAACGCGGGUGGUCUCACAUCAACCCUGUUGCGAUGAGUACCCGGGAGAUGGGACCUGGUUCUCGAAGGGACACCCUCGAUGAUCAUUUUGGUAACUGGAACUGGAAAAAGACGACUCUAAUGGUUGCAGAGUACUCGGAUCAUCAGAACCGCUACCUCGAAUUCCAUAAUGGACUACCACAGGCCGCGACCGCCCAGUGGAUCAACCAGUUAACAGAGUGGGAAGCUGAUCACUCGAAAUCUAACCCUUUCAUUGCGAAAUUCAAAAGUGUUUCACAAGAUACUGUUCGACGUGCGAUGGCCCAGGAGGAAGCAGAGCAGAUGAUAACUGGUAUGGCAUAUGUAAUGCAUGAGGCGGUCUCCGCAAGUACGCUCAUAAUGAUGGGUUUGGAUAUCGAAGAGCAACAACGACGCCUCCUUUCUGAUUUACGCGCCCUUGGGUUACAUGCGUCUGAUACGCAGAAGACGAAAUUACAAACUCGUUCUAACGUCCUUUACCGCAAAAUCCAAGCCUGGAUCGAUAUCCAAUAUUUAUACAUUCCCCAUCUUCGUGUCAUUCGUGCUUGUGCUUCCUCCCAUCCUGAUGGUCGAGAGGAGCGCCCGGAGGCUAUCAAAUUGUGGCUUCCAUCAGCAAUCGCACAUGACCUCGACAACCUUUGCGAUAUGCGCCUCCUCAACAUUGAGUGGCAGUUGCGCGAAGCACAAGCUCAUGAUGCAUUGGAUGAAUUGAGGGAGUCCCUUCGAGUAUGCUCAUAUCUAUACAUCGACAAGGAUCGCUUCCAGUUUGGCCAGUACAUGAACACGCGCUCACGUACUGUCAUAUCACGUGUUCAGACCAAGGUUAAUGCAUCUGCUGCAAAGUACCGUGUUGCCUGUGCUGCACUCACAUAUUUGGCACCGCCAUUGUCAAAGAUGGGAUGGGUACUCGACUUUCCAAAUCUGAAGGAUGGAGAUGUGCACGGAUUGAAAGAUCCUGAAGAUGAUCACCUUGCACGGCGUAAACCCGGUAAACCAAAGUCAGACAGAUCCGUACCAUCGGAGGGUCAUCGUACCAUCUCAUGGAUUUGGACAAAGUUUGGUACAAGUAUUCAAGACCAAGAGGAUGAGGGUUUACAAGACGGUACAUUCCUCACAAGAUUCUUAAAACUCUCAUCUCACUGGUGUUUAGGUCUACGCAUUGAGUACUGUAAGAGCAAGGCAAGAGCCGACCGGUGGUACGAAGAAAUUCAGCUCCUGCGAGAGGAAAUGCGCCGCGUGCCUCAAUACUUUCAAACACAUGCCAAAGUGUGGGAGGCACGGAUUCGUCAUGUUUCUUGGUCGGACAGAUUUCCACAUGAUAAGGAGCAGCGUGCAGAUUUCGCAAUGGUCGAAGGUCGUGUUGCAUACGCAAUGCAACAGGCAGCUCAAUUUCGGUCCAUGAAGUUACAUGUUGAGCAUCUUUGGCGGUUCGUUGAUGAAUAUGUGAAGAUGAGUACUAGCGAUGUCAUUCCACCUGAACUAGAGGGGGAAGGUGACAUCAGUGAUAAUGAUCUAUAG